GACUAUUCAGGAGGAGGCGAAGAUUUGCCUCCAUGUGGAAUGCCAAGAAAGAAGCUGAGUGAAUGUAGGCCUAUAUAUUGUGCUUAUGAGUACUUCAAAAUAGUGAGCUAAUUAAACUAAAUUCUAAAAAGUUUAAUAAUCAUAUAUUCAACGUCGUGCAGGGUGGGAACCCUGACUUUUUAAUCUUUGUGGCAUACUCACGAAAUACAAAUUGAAGCAUCACGUUUAAUAUAGUCAGUAAAAUUUCAAGUUCGUUUCUUAAAAAAAUGACUCUGUCAUCGUAUUAGAAUUUCGCAAAAAUACAUGAGUAGAUCGUUAAAAUAGUGAUUUCAACCGUUAAUAUGUUUUUCCAAAUACUUUUUCUAUUUUUACGUUUAUAGCCUCUGGAUGUAACAGGACGUUAAGCUUUACAAACUGUAAAUCGUUUUCCCCGGCUGUUAAUGUUAAUGACAUCGAGACCAUACAGAUUUUAAACAAGACUUCAGACUUUCCAACUUUAAGAAUGAAAGUUCAAUGGAAAGUUCCAAAGGCGGGUAAGUGGGUAAGAACAAAGGAACCGAAACAAGGCCAAGGGCAAGUUGUUUAUCAUCAGAUAGAAGGCCAUGGUGUUUAUCUUCAGAUAUAGUUAUAAAGGUCUUUGUAAGUUUUAUACAAAUUGCUAUAAAUGGCGCUUCUGAAACGUUUUCUUUAAUAUGUAUGGUAAAUUUGGAACAAUAAGAAUUUUGUAUUAUUAGUAGAUAUUCAAAAACUUUUUGAAUUUCAAAAUCUGCAAAAAUUCUAUAUUGACGAGGUUAAAAGCUUGACCACUUAUAGCAUUGGAUAUAGAUCUGACACCUAUAGGGCGCGGAGCUAUCAAAAACAAUACCCUUCAAGUCCUCAUCAAACUCAAGUACAACUAAUAAUUUGAGUGCUGCCAUACAACACAAAGAGUUUUCAGCAUGGCUUGAUAUUGUUUGAGUUCACAUUAAUGACAAUAGAUUAGCAGAGAAUACAAUCCGCGGUAGAGCAUUGAUGUAAACCGAGCUAGGAUACUCAGUCAACUCCCAAAUCUGAUCCCGGAGCCGUAACAGCAGAAUAUAUCCAGUUUCUGACACGACUUCGUUACAGAUAAUGUACCGCUGUUUAAAGGCGGCAGAAGACUGGCUUGGAUGGGGAGGAUGGGGGAAAGAAACUUUUUGUGGGUCCGUCGGACCAUGCAACGCCGGGAAAGUUUGACAUCUAUUGUGUCUGAAAUGGCAUUUUCAGCGUUCUGAGGGAGAUUUGACAUGCUAAAACCUCGACGUUGGAGAAUUGUUCUACACCACGUAACUGAGAAUCAUGAAUAUUUCAAAUAUGUAACUAGAAAAUACAUGCAUGCAGAAACCCCUCGCCUUGCUGACUAAACCAUUGUAUUUUCCGAACAUGAAGUAUUUAAAGUAGGUGUCAUGGUAACACGAUAAUUUUGUUAAGAAUAGUUUUACAAAUGAAAAAUCCCCUAAAAAUAUCACUUUUAAUUACAAAGUUAUCAAUUCCCAAAACAUAUAUAUGUUAGGUAUGUUAUUAUAUAGUACGUAAUAUAAGCUUCAAUUUAAGGUAAAAUUCAACCUCAAACACUUCGCAAGACGUUUUCAAAUGUUCUUUAUAAAAAUAAACUGCCUUUAUCGAUAAAAUUUGAGUUUGAAAUAAAAUGAUUCAAACUCUCGCAUUCAAAAAACUUUGCUUUCUUCUUUAUUUAAACAUUUUAAUAUAAAUAAAAAAGGUUAAUCAACACUGAAAUUAUACGCUAUCUUUUUCAUUUAAAAUAUACGCAACGAUCAGUUCUUAAAGCCAAUGUAAAGCAAACAAUACAUCGAUAUUUAAAACAAACCUACCUUCGUUAACGUCGGCACCUUUACUCACUUCUCUAAGCAAUUAUUUCGCCUUUAUUUUUUUAAUUAAAAGCUUUGGCAAGAAAUCAUCAAUUAGGCUAUUCCAUUUAAUAUCUGUACACCCCCCCCCCCCAAAUCGAGGACAUGGUCCCCAGCACUUUUGCCCCUGAGGAAUUCCAGCCUGAUAAUAUGCUAACCCUGAAGCUGAGAAAUUCCAGUUCGAUGGUGUGCCUACCCUGAGGACCUCCAUGCAGCCUAAUAAUAUACUUGUCCUGAGGAAUUCCAGUCCGAUUGUAUGCCUAUGCUGAGGAAUUAAUCCAGCCUGAUAAUAUGCUUAACCUGAAGAAUUCCGGUCAAAUAAUAUGUCUACCCUGAGGAAAUUCCAGUCAGAUAAUAUACUCACGUUGAGGAAAUCCAGGUCAAUAAUAUGCUUACGCUGAGGAAUUCCAGUCAUAUACUGAAGGGUAAAAUAUACUGAUGCUGAGGAAUUUCAGCCUGAGUGAAAACAGCCCACACCUGAAGAUUUCCAGGUUGGAAACCGCUUACACCAUGGUGAUUUCCAGUGUCCUCGAUAGGGGAGGGGGAUACACAUCUUAAAAUAGAAUAGCCCAAUCAAGAAAUGUUUGCUAUAUCGCUGUCGUCAUGCCGUCGUUAUAAUGCAAAUUUUAAAUUUGACCAAUCAGUGUUCGCUAUUCAUGACAGUCCGCCAUAUUUUUGAGAUCAGUGAGGAUGACCAACAACCAAAGCACCGUUGGUGACUCACGCCCACAAUCGUUGAUGAACUUCAGACUUCGCAAAUGCGUUCGUUUUCCCGGGUGUAAAUAGCCGGGCGGAAUUAGUAGCCACACCCCGGACUUACGCCCGAAACGGCGCUCCGCGCCAUUGGCUCGGCGACAAACCUUAUCUGUCGAUCGGCUUAGCCCCCUGGACCCCCGUUUCCCCGCCUAUCUUGCUGUCUUCUUGUUGGAUUGAAAUUAACGAUUUUCUGUUAAAACCAAGGAUCUUGUAUUUUGGAACAUUUUAGUCAAUCAACUAGUGAUAUGGAAAAAACUUUCACUCGAGUUCUACAGAGCGAUGGCGUAUUUUUAUGAUUCCAUUUAAUUACUAUUGCUUCUAAAAUGAAAGCUGCUAAUUAGCCUUUUCCCAUAAGAGAUCACAGUGCAUUCUGGGAUCGUUUGGAGGAACGAAAUAUAUAGUGACAGGCGUCAAAUAUGUGGAAAAAAUUAGAAGUAUCUACUAUCAAAUAUCAAUUUUUGAAAUGUGAUCUCCUUUUUACAUUAAACAUUUAAUUUAAAUGUGUGCUGCCAUAUUUCUUGUCCCUCCAACAUGGGAUUCGCGCGACUAGACCCAGGACUUUGGGAAAUGGGUAAUUGAGUAGUUUCUAUAGAACUUGUACAUGUCUCUACAGAGAUUGACUUGAUUUGCUUUGCAUAGAGUGGGGAUAAUAUAGAUAUAUCAACUACCGGGGUCGGUUUAAUUUACGAAGAUCGAAUUCACUUGAUUUGCUUUGCAUAGAGUCAGGAUAAUACAGAUAUCAACUACCGGGGGCGGUUUAAUUUACGAAGGUCGAACAGGCUAAAGGAGUAAGGCAAGGCAGGAGAAGCGAGUGGGGAAAAAAGGACGGCUAUUUAUAAAGAAUCACAGUCAACCGUAAUGCUUCGCGCGCUGUGCGAUUGUGUCCAUAUACGCGGAGCUAAAAAUAGUGUUGUCUUCGAAAAUAGUCAUACACUAAAAAUGAUACGCAUAUGAUAAUAAAGGAUUAUUAACCGAGAGCGAGGUCUGUAAGGGAAAGUUUUUGCCUGAGGUUUUCGUACAGACCGAGCGACGAAGGAGCGAGGUCUGUGCGGAUAAACCGAAGGCAAAACACUUUCCCGUACAGACCGAGCAAAACGAGGUUAAUUAACCGUUUAUUAUAUGGCUUCGUAAACACAUUUUCUGAUUUUCAUAUAUUUAUUUGAGCGCUAUAAAGGUAUUUUUGUGCUAUGUUUUAUUUGCAUGUUAGUUUUCUUCGUUUAGAUUUGGUUUCGUCACCGAAUAUUGUUUACGGAAAAGCAUGUUUAACAAUCGCUACAUAAUUACUUUUUCGGUAACCCCCACCCCCAGAAAAAAUAUUUAUAAACCCAGAUUAUAUGAUAUUUGUGUAGAAUAUGGUAUUAAAGACGUUAAAUUCAUCUUUAUUUAUUUUUUGAAACAAGUAAACAAAUCAAAAAAUUUUCCCGCCAAAACUUACGGUUGUCAGUAAGAGUUCAAACGGCUUGUUUUCUUAGCUUUUUCGAUGAAAUUUGUGUUGGUACAAGUACUUAUUAAUAUUUCCAAGAAUUCUUACUCUUAAAAAUGAUCCAAGGAUACUUUUUCUCCACACAAUGACCUUACAAACGUGUAAAAACGUUUCAAAUUUGAGCCUGUCAAAUUGACACACUCGAAACCGGUCCGGACACGGGAAAAUACGGACCACGGUCCGGAUAAGCAUUUUACGGACCGCACGUCGACCAAUCAGAAUCCAGGAUUCUGCAAAGCCAUAUAAUAAACUUUAAUACAUUUACACGUCGGUAUUUUGAUGAAAUCCUGUCAUUCUGUUGCCGGCCUUUUUUGUUCGCACUCACUCCUCUUACCUGCGAUCCACUACCCGAUCCAAAUAAAUCCGAAUUGCAGUGAUUGUCGCUUGUACCAUUAAAAACGCAUUUUGAGUUCAUGGGCGAGAAAUUUGUUAUGUGUUUUAUUAAUGACCCAAAUUAAAUAUCAGAACAUUUACUAUUUUUAACAAAUUUUAAUGCCUUUUAAAUAGCUGCUGAAACUUUCAUUUUUUGGCACCAAUGCCAAUUACGCGCAUGCGCUUAAUUCAUGCAUUUACCUAAUUUGCAUAUUGUUAUUUUACUAGUUACAAUAACAAUAUGCAAAUUAUGUAAAUGCAUGAAUUAUUAAGCAUGUGCAUUAUAUAAGCAUUGGUGUCAAAAAAUGAAAUUUCUGCAGCUAUUUAAAGGCCUUAAAAUUGAGUAUAUUUUCUGAUAUUUGGACAAUUGAUAAAACACGUCACAAAUUUCUCGCGCAUGAACUCAAAAUGUGUUUUAAACUUCUAAAUUUUGCGCGCAAGAUAUUUUAAUGCUUAAAAAGACACACCUCUGUUCUGGAAAAUUUAUCUCUACAAAACGUUUUUCUUUAUUCUAUAUUAUAAAAACAUUAUAAGUACCCAAUUUAUAUUUAUUAAAAAUUUCAUCAAAUGAACGGAUUUGUGAAAUUGAAAGCCGUUUCAAAAUUGUGUACUUUUUUUAUACACCCUGUAUACAAACUGUUAUUCCUAAAAAUCUUUUUUUUAAAUUUAGGUAAUUCCAACAUUUGGGGUUGGCAAAUCAUUUUAGCUAACGCGGAUUCUUCUGAGCUGGGUUUUCACCAAUGCAUACAAGUGAACAGAAAGGUAUAUGUGUUACUUUCUAUAAUACAUAGCAUGGUUUACAAUAUACAAAUAUAUAGUGAAUAUUCAUGAGCGCAAUGGGUAAAAUUAUUGAUUCAAUUGACAAUUCCCAUUAUAGACUAAUUUUUUAUCAUGACAAUUAAAAAAAUGAGUAAAAUUGCAAGGUUUGGUUGUGAAUUGUUGUAAAAUGAGGAAAAUAUAGCCUUUUUGUAUAAAAUAUAGCCUUUAGCAAAUUUUGUAUAUAUACGUGCGGAAAUUGCUGCCACAUUUGUACCUACAGUACCUCUUAAACUUUUUGCUACUCCUCUGUGCAUAGUUUAUUUGGGAAUCUGAUAUCGGAGAUCUUUACGUGAACUACACAUUCGAUGAAAUUCGUUUGGGAGCCAAGUUGAAAAUUCAAAUUCAAGGUCUUCCUGCUAUGGAUAUGAAUAAAGGUGUAGAGAAGAAAAUUUUAACAAAAGACUUAAAAGGUAACCAGCUGUAUUUUAGUUAGAAAAAGAGUUUCGUUGAGUUAAUAUAAGAAAAAUAGAGUGGCGUGUUUAGAUAAAUAGAAUGCUAUUGAAAAACUGUGUUCAAAAAAUAAGAGAAAAGCUCGCACGUCUAAAAUUAAGAUUCACGACAUUUGUAAGUAGGAGUAAGCGAACACAAUUUCCCCCUAAUUAUAGAAACCGUUAAAACUUUUUAAACAUAAAAUAAAUACGCGUCGCAUGUUUUUGAAGAUUCAAGAAACAAAUAUUUAUAGUAAUAAAAAUAAACUUUUUUAAAUAUAUACAGUUAAUAAUAAUAAUACUUUAUUUCAAAUAACAAUACAAAUUAUAGAUUGGUAUUUGAAAAAGGACCUUGAGGUUAACCCUAUAUUCAGGUCAUGCUGGGAAAGAAAUCAUUUAUAUUUUGCCAAUUACAUGUAACAUGCAUUUGUUAAUCAUAUUGGCUAAAAUAUUUAAUUUGGCUAAUCGAAUUAAUUUCUAUAAUCAUAUUUAUUUCAGAUUAUUGCGAUGUUUUCCCUGAAUCACCCUGUUGUU